AUGCGGUGGUCCAUAGGUAUUUUUCUAAUCUUCAUAUUACUUGGUUUCUCUUCUGACGUUCGCUAUUGUUCAUUUUUGGUUUCUCUUCUGACUUCGAAGAACUUAAUUGGAGUUCUAGAUAUAUACGGAUUCGAGAGUUUCAAGACAAACAGCUUCGAGCAAUUUUGUAUCAAUUUGACAAAUGAGAAGUUACAGCAGCAUUUCAACCAGCAUGUCUUCAAAAUGGAGCAAGAGGAAUAUACAAAGGAAGAAAUUGAUUGGAGUUAUAUAGAGUUCGUUGAUAAUCAAGAUGUUCUCGAUCUUAUUGAGAAGAAACCUGGCGGCGUUAUUGCUCUUCUGGACGAGGCCUGUAUGUUUCCAAGAUCAACGCACGAAACAUUUGCUGAAAAAUAUCAAACACUUAAGGACAAUAAGCGAUUCAGCAAACCGAAGUUGUCACGAACUGACUUCACCAUCAAUCACUAUGCUGGUGAUGUGAGGUAUCAAACUGAUCUUUUCCUUGAUAAAAACAAAGACUACGUUGUUCCGGAACACGCUGCGCUGCUCUGUGCUUCCAAGUGCUCCUUUGUUUCAGGACUUUUCCCACCUUUACACGAGGAAAGUACUAAAUCAACAAAGUUUUCUUCUAUAGCCACUCAGUUUAAGCAACAACUGCAAUCUUUGCUUGAAACAUUGAGUGCGACUGAGUCACACUACAUUCGUUGUGUAAAGCCAAAUAAUCUUCUUAAGUCGGGGAUAUUUGAGAACAACGAUGUGUUACAGCAGCUUCGAUGUGGGGGUGUAAUGGAGGCAAUUAGGAUAAGUUGCGCUGGAUAUCCAACUCGAAAGAACUUUGAUGAAUUUGUUCAGCGGUUUAGUAUAAUGGAACCUAAGGUUCUAAAAUCAUGUCCUGAUGAGAUGACGGCUUGCAAGAGACUUCUAGAUAAAGCAAACCUUAAAGAUUAUCAGAUAGGAAAGACAAAAGUUUUCCUGAGAGCAGGUCAAAUGGCAGAACUAGAUGCAUGUCGUGUCGAGGUCCUAGGAAGAUCCGCAAUCGUUAUUCAGAAAAAAGCUCGCACAUAUAUUUAUGAGAAACAGUACAAGUUAUUGCGAUUUUAUGCCAUAGAACUACAAAGGGCUAUUAAAGGUAUCAAUUAUUUGAAUCCUUUUUGA